AUGGAAAUCAUUCAAGUUUUAAAUUUAGAAAUUACCGAUUUACCAGCAUAUAUUAUUUGGUAUAUCCAACAAUUUAUUGACAAUGUCGAUAGAGUUAUGAUGUUACUUACCAGUAAGACUUGGUAUUUAAACAGAGAUUAUAUUCUCAGAUUUGCAAAUAUGGAUAAAAUGAAUUAUCACAUAAAAUUUGAAAAACUAAGACUUUUUCAGAUCAAAAGAAAUCAAAAUGAUUUUGAUUUCUUAUAUUUAGAUAGACUUCUUGAUGAAGAAGUUAAAGUUCAAGACGAUGUAUUUCCUUUGUCAGUUUUUGAUGUACUUGAACAACCAAGUUAUUCUGUCAAGGAAGAGGAAACUGCCUCUAUUCAAUCAAACGAUGAGUCAAAUCAACCAAAAAUUCUAAUUUUUACAGUGGAUUGUUCAGAGCAUCUCUCAAAGAUUCCAAAGGAAGUAGAGACUUUGAUUUUUGGCAAGAAAUUCAAUAGUAAGUUAAGAAAUAUUCCAAACACAGUGAAGCACAUCUCAUUUGGAAAGUGUUUCUCCCAACAACUCCAAUUGGGUACACUGCCACCCAACCUAAAGACAUUGAGUUUCGACAAGAAAUACAAUCAACCGAUAACCAAAGGUGCACUUCCAGCAUCGCUCGAACAUUUGGAGUUUGGCCAAGAGUUCACACAGCGAUUCACUGAGAAUGUGUUACCACCGAAUUUAAAAUCACUCAAAGUCGGCAACUUCUAUAAGCAUUCUUUGAACAACGUUCUACCGCCAUCCAUUGAGAGAGUGGAGCUCGGUACUUACUACGUCGAUGCAUUCAACUUUGGAAAUCUUCCAAAUCUAAAGUUCCUAUCGUUCCACAGAUUCGUUGAUUCCAAGAAUCCAAACUUGCAAAUAGGUGAACUACCGACUACUCUCGAGGAGGUAGAAAUCAACUUUUACACAAAUGAAAUGAAACCAUAUGGUUUGGUUGAAAAACCGUUCCAAUGUUAUCAGUUACUCCGCCAACAACUACCAAACACAAAGAUAAGCAUCAACUACAAAUCGAAAAAGUUGGAAAUCAAGAAUACCUCUGAUAAGCAUCUCUAUUUGCUCUAUGAUGACAGACAAGGUGGUUUCAUUAGAUCUCACGAUCUUGUUAAGUUUUUAAAAUAA